GCGCCGCCGCGAGAGGAGAGGGAAGGAACCGCUGCCGCGCAGCUGCCCCCGAGGGAAAAGCCCACCAUGUCGCGGCCGCUCCCGCUGAACCCCACCUUCCUACCUCCCACCUACGGGGUGCUGAAGUCCCUGCUGGAAAACCCGCUCAAGCUGCCGCUCGCUCACGAAGACGCAUUCGGUAAAGAAAAAGACAAAGAGAAGAAGUUAGACGAUGACAGCACCAGUACCACAGUCCCUCAGUCAGCUUUCUUGGGCCCAACAUUAUGGGACAAGACACUGCCAUACGAUGGAGACACUUUCCAGUUGGAAUACAUGGACCUGGAAGAAUUCCUCUCAGAAAAUGGCAUUCCACCCAGCCCAAACCAGCACGAGCAUAGCCCACACCAGUCAGGUCUCCAGCAAGCUACCUCAGCAUCACCUUCUGUCAUGGACCUCAGCAGCAGGGCUUCUACUUCAGUCCAUCCAGGCAUGGUGUCGCAGAACUGCAUGCAGAGCCCGGUCAGACCAGGUCAGAUCUUGCCAGCAAACCGAAACACACCAAGUCCUAUCGAUCCCGAGACUAUACAAGUUCCUGUUGGCUAUGAACCUGACCCUGCAGAUCUUGCUCUUUCCAGUAUUCCUGGCCAGGAGAUGUUUGACCCUCGUAAGCGCAAAUUCUCUGAAGAAGAGCUGAAACCACAGCCGAUGAUUAAGAAAGCUCGCAAAGUCUUCAUUCCAGAUGACCUGAAGGAUGACAAAUACUGGGCAAGGCGUAGAAAGAACAACAUGGCUGCUAAGCGAUCGAGGGAUGCCCGCCGGCUGAAGGAGAACCAGAUCGCCAUCCGCGCCUCUUUUCUGGAGAAGGAGAACUCGGCUCUCCGCCAAGAGGUGGCCGACUUACGGAAAGAGCUGGGCAAAUGCAAGAACGUCCUUGCAAAGUACGAAGCUCGACACGGCCCCCUGUAAAUUCAAGGGGGGGA